CCCGACCCCUCCCCCGGACGCCCGGCCCGAGAGCGGGACACGGGCGGCGAUGGUGACUGGGCAGCGGCGCGGGGCCGGGUCCUGGGCGGGGAGGCUCGGCGGCCUCUUUCUUUCUCUGCCCCCGCCCCUCUUCCUCCUCCUCCUCCUCUGAGCCCGGCGGCGGCGGCGGCGGCGGCGGCCCAGGUCGGCGCUUUAGCCUCGCCUGCUCCUCCUCCCCCACCCGUGGACCCUCUCCCCACCUCUCCCUCGCCCCCUCGUCUCGCUGCCUCCUCCCCUCUCCUCCCUCCUCCUUCUUCCCGGAGCGGCCGGCCGGCCGGAGAGAGUGGUGGCUGCAAGGAGGCGUAACGGAAAGCCCCGGCUGGGGAAGGCUGCGCGCUCGGAGACGCGGAGCCGGGGCUGGGUGAGUUGGAGCCGCCGGACCCCGAGCGCCCUGCAGGAGGCAGAGCCCUCAUCUCCCUCCAGGUAAACUGGGAAGCAGUCUCUUGAGUUCACAGCUGAUCUGCGGCUUUGCCUCUCAUUAAAGUGUUCCUUUUCAUCAUACAGGUGACAUUCUCCUGAACUUGCUCGCUGAGAGUCCCCAGCAUUCUUGCAGAUACACUAGUAGGUGAGGCUGGAGGCCAGGCUCCGGAGCUCCGACAUGGCAGCAUGACACCCAGACGGCGCCCCCAGAGGCUGGGAGAAAGGAGCCCCCGGCUGUGGGAGUGAGUGCCCCCCAACAGCGACUGCCUUCUGAGGCCGCCUGAGCCUCCUUUCCCACCGGCUUCUUUUAUUAGUAACCCGUGGAUUCCUCUGAUUUCUUUUCCGCCUCGAACACCAAUAUGUGUCAUGUUAUUGUCACCUGUCGCUCGAUGCUCUGGACCCUCCUGAGUAUUGUGGUGGCUUUUGCAGAGCUCAUUGCCUUCAUGAGCGAAGUCUGGCUGAUUGGAAAACCCAAGACCCGCGGCAGCGCUCAGCCCGAUGAGCUGAGCGGCCCCUCGGAGCCCUACCACCCCACUCUGGGCAUCUAUAACCGCUGCAUCCGCAAGUCCAGGGUGCAGAAUGCCACUCAAGUGACAGUGUGCGGGCCCUACGCUGAGAACUUCGGUGAGAUUGCCAGUGGCUUCUGGCAGGCCACAGCGAUCUUCUUGGCCUUCGGCAUCUUCAUCCUCUGCACAGUGGCCCUGGUGUCUGUCUUCACCAUGUGUGUACAGAGCAUUAUGAAGAAAAGUAUUUUCAACGUCUGCGGGCUGUUGCAAGGAAUCGCAGGCCUGUUCCUUAUCCUCGGUUUGAUCCUCUACCCUGCUGGCUGGGGCUGCCCAAAGGCCGUGGUCUACUGUGGACACUAUGCGUCGGCCUACAAACCUGGAGACUGCUCCCUGGGCUGGGCCUUUUAUACUGCCAUCGGUGGGACAGUCCUCACCUUCAUCUGUGCCAUCUUUUCUGCACAAGCAGAAAUUGCCACCUCCAGUGACAAAGUACAGGAAGAAAUUGAAGAGGGGAAAAACCUUAUCUGCCUCCUUUAAUUUGAAAGAGACAUUAAAUGCCACUUUCCUCCUGGUGCAACCUUGUGAAACAGUCCACCUCUGGUUUCGUCAUUUGAGUCAAGUGAAGAACUAGCCUUAGUACCUACCAAAGUCACAUUCCAUAGCCCCGAGCCUUAAAUGGACCGAUGAGCGACAACAUCUAGCUAAACAGAGUGACUGCCCACGAGGGCCACCAUGCAAAUUACGAGAUGGAACAUGAAAACAGUACAUAAACCCUGACAUGCAGCUGACAAUUCUGUCACACUGCAUCUCCCCCAAGGCUCAAUGAAGGAUAAUGAUCAAAACCCUUAAAGCGGCACUUCUCUAGUAUCAGAUCUUAAGACUGUAGGCCAGAUUUGCUGGCUGUUCUGAGAUGUGCAUCUGCCACAAGCCUGCAGGCCUGUAAGCAUCUCUGCCUCAGAAUGAGGUUUGGUGUUUGUUUCCUCCUGGUUCUUUCAAGCUGUCUUAGUCAGAGACGACACACUUACUGGGGAUAGGAUGUGGGCCAGAUGGCACAGCAAGAUCUCUUGCUUAGCUCACCAAAGGGAUCCAGCAGGAUCAGAGUGAAAUCCUGUUGUGGGAUUGAUUUAUGUGAGGCUGAAUUCCAGGGUCAGGUAAAUCAACUGAACUGUCAUUCUAAGGUUAAAGAAUAAGGACCUGUAAGAUCAUAAGAAUAAAAGUACAAAAUCCUCUAGUGGAGACAAAUUCAUUCCGCUUCCCAGCAGCCAAGCUAGCACCAGCACUGGCCCAGGCUCCUCUCCCACCAGAGGUCACAUGAUUCUCUCCCAGGGUUGGGGCUGUGCCGGCUGACAAAGGAAAGUUCAGUCUGUUUCCUUGUUCCAGGGACAGACUUCUCCAAGCCGGCUGUGGCUCAUUCAGAUGUUCACUGGGAGAACUUGCCAGAACCUCAGCACUUGCAGGGAGACCUUUUCCCACUGUUUGGUAACCACACUGUAGUCAGCUGUAUUUCCAACUCUGACAGCAGCAAAAUGUCAUUCUGUGCAUAAAAAAGGAGCUAAUCAUGGGACUAAAGUUUUUCUAGUUACUGGUGUUGAUCCUGAGAGCAGACUGAAAUAACCUUAAGUUACUGCAAAUGGUGAGCUGCAUCAAAGGCUUCAUUCCCAGGUAAACAGAGUAGAAAGUUAAUGCAGAGAGAGAGCUAGGCCAAGCUCGUCGUAGCACCUGCCUAUACCUGUUUACAAAAAGAAGUCAACUACCACUGUUAGAAAAGGGUUCAGGCGCUUUUAAUCUAGUUUCUAUAAAUUACCAGUGUCAUUGAUUCAGGAAGGUGGUCUUAGCCAUCACCUCAGAUUUACUUCGGAAUGAUCCAAGUCAUCAGAAAGAACCUAGUCUGUUACUACGCUAAGGUCAGAACUGCAGAAUGGUACAGACACACUCCACAGCAACUUAAGCAAAUAGAAUGGACCUGACAGAUUUCUGGAAGGACUAGAUCUCAUUGGGUUUAUGAAUCUGCUCACUGGAGGGCUUGCUUCAUUUGGAAAAUUUAAUACACACCUUGUCUAGGAAGGGUACUGUGUGCUGAGUGCCACCAAGUAAUAGAACCCUGAUUCAGACUUUAUAGCCUUACCCAAAGUGAAUUUCUGAGAGCUGCAUGAGUCUAAACCCAUGAUUGGCUGCAGAAAAACUGAUUGCUUUAUGUACUGACAGAAUGGAACUGAACUUCUACUCCAUUCUGGCCUUUGGCCUAUUACCAGAAACUGCCUUUUCUUACAGAUUAAGAGCUAAAGGCAGGAAAGGUAAGGGUUUGGAACCAGGCCUUAACAGAUUAAGAGCUAAGGGCAGGAAAGGUAGGGGUUUGGAACCAGGCCUUAAUGAGUUCACCAUUCUUAGUCCAAAGUUCAGAAUAAGAAAAAUGUAAAUCCAAUGACUUUGUCUGAAAAGAGGAGGGGUAAAUACACAGCAGCCUAGGGUGAGGGGUCAGGAAGCAUUAAUCCUGUCCGACACCUCACAGAAGGAAGCAGGUUACUCACGGCAGCCACUGGGCCAGGCUCCUCUACCUGAUGGAGCGUUUAGAUGCUUUAACCAAGUCCUGAUGCCACCACAGGAACUACUUUUCAAAUCCCGGGGAUAAUUUUCAUUAAAAAAUAUUUCAUCACAAAUUGUGUUUUUAUUGUGAUAAAAACAAUUUUUUUCUUAAAUGUAUUGCCAGAAGGUUCACUCUAUUUUUUUGUCUGUACAAGACAGAAAGCCUAUUUUUCUAACACGAAUUUUACACCCUCCUUACAGACAAGCUGUCAUAAGCCCAGAGGAUCCUCUCAGCAAGUCCCUCAUCUAUAUGCCCGACUGGUCUUUGGUUAAGGUGGUAGUGUCACCCUUACACCACGCUGAUAACAAAAGGCAGAAGUGCAAAUGUCACCUCUCUUGGUCAGAAGAAAGUCACUUGACAGUGUUUACUUCAUUAGUCUGAGUGCUAAAGAACACAGAAAAGCACAUGCACACACAACCCCAAACCACUGAAGUACUUAAACACUGACUUAGUAAGCAUAACAGAGAUGGACUUUAUGGGAGAGAGAGAAAGAGGUAAUGUUGGGCCUUUGAAACCUUCAGUCCAAUAGCCAGGCUUUGGUGGGGAUGAAUGUAGCAUCCGAAACCAUGCUGGUCUAGACCAAAACUGCAGAGCUGAUUAAAAACCACUGAGUAUGAGGAAUAUGUUAGAAAGAAAUGUAUUAAAAAUAAUUAGACUGAUUGUUGACCCACACCUAUUUUUCUAAUAAACUUCUAUUAAUCACCUCAGUCUAAAAAUCUAAUAUACCUGGACCAUUACAACUACCAGAAAAGUCUUAUUUAUUUUUGCCUGCAUUUGUGCUUAUUAAAGUUUUGUGAUGAGCUGGGCUUCUCAACUCCAAGAAGGCAGAAAUGAUUGCCUUGGAUUCUGUGGAUUCUUUAAACCUGUGUGCUAAUUCAACAAUGUUACAUUAAUUGUGUAAGGGUUUUUGUAUAAUUUCAAACAUCUGUGGUGUAAUGAUCUUUGUUAAAACAUGUAAAGUGCCAUAGUCUUUUUAUGUGUAGCAUAUUUAAAAUAUAUAUGUGUAUUAUACAUACACAAGUCUGUGUGAAAGAUGUGCAAUAACAAAGGUGUAUGUAUGUUUUGUUUUUUUGGAAACUGGACAGGUGUCAGAACAGGGAUUGUUUCUGUUUUGGCAAAGGAGAGUUAAACAUUUCUGCCUUUAGGGCCUAGUAUUUAAACCAUAACAAUUUUAAUGCUACACAAACCUAUGUGAAGAAAAGACUGGUAUGAAAUCACUUUUUUCUGGGUCUAGAUUAAUCACUCAGUUUAUGUGAAGGUUAAGCUGGCAAGCCAGGCCCAGUUAAUGCUAGUCUUUCAUGUGAAAUGUGAAGCUGCCCUUAUUGCCUUUUUCUGUUAGUGUGAUAGCUAGUAGCUGGUACAUAAUCACUAAGGAGCUAUUUCUUAGCAUGCUUUGAUGACUGUUAAUGCUACACCACUGUUUAAGGGCUGAUCUCACAACUUUUUAGCCAUAAGAGUCUGGCUUAGAACAGACCUCUCUGUGCAAUAACAUGUGGCCACUGGAAAUCCCUGGCCUGCAUUUGAUUUGGGCAGCAAUGACUCCCAAGGGCCAAAAGAGUUAAAGGCACGACUGGGAUUUCUUCUGAGACUGUGGUGAAACUCCUUCCGAGGCUGAGGGGGUCAUUAGGUGCUCUGGAGGAACUCGGCACCACUUGAUAUUCAACAGCCACUUGAGCCAAAUAUAAUAUUGUAUUUACCGCUGAUGGACUCAAUUUGAGCCUCCUAAUUUGUGGUUAUCCUAUUACAUUGUAAACUAAUUAAUACAUUGUUUGUCUAGCAUUGAUUAGGUUCCUGUGCAUAUGUAUUUUCACAGCGUGCUCCCCUCCUCUCCCCAGAUCUGAAUUAAACCAGAUUUUGCAAACUCA